CAUUAGAAACGAUGGCCGACAACAACCGAGGAGGAUCGACUACAAACGAAAUAACAUACUAUUUAAAUGUUGAAAAUGCCAAAAUAUUAGCCUUUUGUUUAGUUUGUGGGUUUGUUAUGUAUCAUGGCGUACUACACCUUAAAUAUGGUAAUGAUUCUUGUAAAUGGUUAUUAAGUGAUGGACGUUUCCCUGGGUAUAAUACAUGGCAACCAUAUGGAUGUAUGAUGCAUAAAUACACCAAAGUACAUGCACGGCGAUGUAUGCAUUAUAUUUACUACUGGGGAGAACAGAAUCACAUCACUUUCCUUGGAGAUUCUCGCAUCAGACAGCUGUAUUUUGAAUUUGUAAACCUUUUGAGUCUUCAGAGAGUAGAAGAACACAAAGCUCACCAUGACCUCCAUUUUGAGGACAAGAAAAUUAGAGUCACAGCUGACUUUUUGUGGCACCCUAUGGUAAAUUCCUCUAUGUAUGAUGUGUAUAAGAACUGGUUGAUGGCAGAGAAAAGUUCCAUGCCAAAUCUACUGAUCACAGGCAGUGGAACUUGGAGCAUAAAGCAGUUUAAUGCAUCAGAUGAGGCAGUAAAGAACUUUGAAUAUAACUUGACUAUGAUUCUGCCAUACAUUGUGAAGUUGAGAGAUAGUACUCAAAUUAUUUGGAUGCUGCAAGAUCCAGUGGAUGAAUUCAAGCUUUAUCCGAAUCGAUCAAUGAUCACCAACCAGCAGGUGGAUGCUUAUAACAAAGUGGCCAUUGACAUACUGGGUGGAAGUGAUGCCAAGCUGUGGAGUUCCUCUAGACUGGUGGCACAGGGCAUCCAUGACAAUUCAGUCCUAGAUGGUCUUCACAUCUCCAAAAGUGCGCUGGAACUGGAUCUACAGAUGCUGCUGAACAUGUACUGUAAUGAUCACAUGAACCACAACGACGGGACAUGUUGUCGAGUGCCUGAUUCCAUUACUUCUAUACAAAUCACCACUGCAGCUUUCUUCCUUGUGUGUCUACUGUCAGCCAUUGCCAUGUUCCUGUACAGAAGGAAACUACGACGAAAUGGGAGUAAAGCACGCGCAGAUAGUGGUAUUCGUAAUGGUAGGUCACAUGUUACUCCAACUGAGAAAACAUGGACAGACACUGUGUACGAGAUCAUGGUGUGUUUGGCCAAGCUUGGGCUGAUCAUGGCUUACACAUUUCUGUGUGAUAGGACCAAUUUCUUUAUGAAGGAGAACAAAUCCUAUACUCAUGUCAAUUUUCUCCUGCCAUUCGCCUACCUGAUGAUCUUGGGCUUCUUUUUCACUGAAAACACUGACCAGACCACAGUUUUACAUCGUGAUCAGACAGACGAGUGGAAAGGUUGGAUGCAGUUGGUUAUAAUGAUCUACCAUCUCACAGGAGCCAGCAAGGUAUUACCAAUAUACAUGCAUAUUCGAGUUCUUGUGUCUGCUUAUCUGUUUCUGACCGGUUAUGGACACUUCUCCUAUUUCUGGAACAAAACAGACUACAGUCUGCAAAGAUAUUGCCAGCAAAGUUGUAAUGUACGAUGUUGUGGCUGGUAUGACUUCAGAUAUUAUGUUGAAGUGAUGUUCCGAUUGAACUUUCUGGUGGUGGUUCUGUGUUUUGUGAUGGACCGACCGUACCAGUUCUAUUAUUUCGUUCCUCUGGUAUCCUUCUGGUUUACAGUGGUGUACUUAACCUUGGCUAUCUGGCCAAGAAUUUCAGCAGUGUCUAGUGAUGUGAGCAAUUUACAUUAUCUGUAUAUGAUCAUUAAAUUCAUCAUCCUGACAACUGUGAUCACCCUCUUCUUCAUGUCAGAGGUUUUAUUUGAGAAAGUCUUUUUAAUGAAGCCGAUCAAGGCCCUGUUUGUUCGCUCAGAUGAUUCACUGCACGAGUGGAGGUUUAGAUGGACAUUAGACAGAUAUAGUGUAGUGUAUGGGAUGGUAUUUGCAUUUGGCUACCAUUUGUUGUUGAAGAAAGGAGUGAUAUCCGACAACCACAACAAUUCCCUGUUCUCUACAGGAGUCUCUUUGUCUCUCACUGGUCUAGGCUUCUUAGGAAUAGGGAGCUAUGCCAUAUUUUCAUUCCUGUGUAAGAACAAGUCAGAGUGCAAUGAUACUCAUUCUUACCUCGUAGCUCUACCAUUGAUCUCAUAUGUGAUAGUUAGAAACGUACUGGGGUGGAUGCGGACCAGAUACAGCUCUUUCUUUGCCUGGUUUGGCAAAAUUUCACUUGAACUAUUCAUUGCCCAGUACCAUAUUUGGCUGGCAGCUGACACCUACGGGGUUUUAGUACUGAUGCCAACCUAUCCAGUCUUAAAUGUGAUUGUGACUUCCUUUAUAUUUAUCUGUGCUAGUCAUGAGAUUUCAAAAAUAACCGGAAUCCUAACAAAUUAUCUAGUGCCAAAAGAUGGCAAAUCAUUGCUAAGGAACGCUAUUAUUUUCUUCAUGAUUAUGCUUCCAAUUUCAGUAUCAAAAGGUGUUCUUUCAUUCUAGGAUCAUGUUAUUUUUUAUAGUAGCUUUUGUAUCACUACAGUAUGGAUAUGACAUUUCCUUUGUUGUAAGCACAUAGAUAUUUUCUUGUUUAAUAUUUAUGAAAAAUUUAAACUUUGUGAAUGAUUGUGGAACAAAGAGUUUGUUUGUGUUAUAUUGAUGUACAUGUUUUAACUAUCUGUAUACAUGGUUAUUUAUUUCAUACAAGUGAAUUCUCACUUACAAUUAUCACAGUAUGUUACUGUUACUCAAAUAUUAAUGCCAACAGUGAAGCAAGACCCAUUACCCAAGAAUUACAUGAUGAUGCAUCUUCAGGAUUUCAUUUGUAUUCAUCUGAUCAUCUAUGGAAAUUGAAAUAUUGAAGAAUAUGAACCUUUGUGCUUUCUUGGAUGGGUCUUGCCUUGUGGGUAGCAAUAUUUUGUUGAGGUAAUGCAGUGAUUAUGUGCUCAUUACUUUUGCACAUUUACAGGCAUUAAAUAAUACCAGUACUUUGUUUACUAGUCUGAAUGAAAUCUUUAUACAUGUAACUUUUCAUCACUAGUCCUUAACAUAUAGUUUUUAUGAUGCUUUUAAAGUCCUAAAGUUUGAGGAGCAUUUGAAUGCAUUUUAAAACAACUACAGCGUAAUGUAUAUGUUUGAUAAAGAUUUGCAAGCAGUUGUAAGAAGUAUAUAUGAUAAGAAGAAUUUGGACCCUCAAAAAUGUGAAAAUUCAAGUGAAAUCUGAGAGAUUUCAAAUAGAUGUAUGUGAUUUCAUUUAUUGGUUUUGAUAUGAUAUAUCCAUAAUGAUUUACCACCAUUUUUAGCUCACUUGAGAGGAAAGCUCAAGUGAGCUUUUCUGAUCGCCUUUUGUCUGCCUGUCCAUUUUCAAUCAAUCUUGGUGCAAAUCAUCCUUGGGUGAGAAGGAUAAAAAUUUGUUCCAGUGAAAGUCUAUGCCCCCUUCAAAGGGGAGAUAAUCAAGAAAAGGCAAUAUAGCGUGUGGUCAUUUAAAAAUCUUCUCAAGAAUCACUGGGCCAGAAAAGUCGAAAUUCACGUGAAAGCUUCCUGAUAUAGAAUAGAUUCAAAUUUGUUCAAAUAAUGGCACAUGUGGGUAGGAUGGGGCCACAAUAAGGGAUCAAAAUUUUACAUGUGGAUAUUUUAGAAUCUUCUUAAGAACACCAGGACAAUUAUUAGUCAUGUUAAUAUGCAAGCAUCCCUUGGUAGUGCAGACUCAAGCAUAUUCAAAUUGUGGCUCCCAGCAGUAGGGUGGGGCCACAAUAGGGGAUCAAAGUUUUACAUGGGAGUAUAUAGGGAAACAUUUUUAAAAAUCUUCAUCUCAACAACAGCAGGGCCAUGAAUAGUCAUAUUGAUGUGCAAGUAUCUUCAGGUAGUUCAAAUUCAAUUCAGGGGUUUGGGGGAUAAAAUGGGCCAAAUAGGAGAGAAAAGUUUUAUAUGGGUAUAUUUUCAAGAGUAGCAGGGCCAUACUAAAUCAUGCAAAUCCAAGUUGUGUGGAUUAAUUUUUUUUAUGACCCCACGACUAUAGUCGGAGUUAUAUUGAUUUGUCCUGUCUGUCUUGUCCGAAAGUUUAUCCUUAUUCAUAACUUUUGAAUGGUGAGUGAUAGGGCUCUCAUAUUUCAUAUGCACAUUCCUUGUGACAAAAAACCUUUUCCUUUGUACCAAAGUUUUUGACCUUGGGAGUUUGACCUACUUUUAAGAAAACCUAAGCUUUCAUAUAUUGUAUAUAGAUUUCUCAUGGCAAGACCUUUUUGUUUCAUACCAUGAUCUAUGACCUUGACCUCCAGAACAAUGUUAGUCAUAUUGGUGUUGAGACAUCCCUAUGUUGUGUGAAUUCAUGUUCAGUUAUGUUUUGAUACUUUGGGACUAGGUUUGGAUUACAGCAGCAGGGCUAAGGUGAAUCAGGUGAGCGAUGUGGCACAUAGGCCUCUUGUUUGUAGUUUGAAAUGACUGUUUAUCAUCUAUUGAUUUCUUGGGUUUUUUAUUAUUAUUUUUAAAGAAAACCAUUGAGAGACUUCAUAAACAAGAUUAAUAAUUCUAUUAAUGAUACAUGUUAAGAUAUAUACACCACCUGUAUGUAAUAACAAUGUGAAUAUUGUUCAUAAAGUUGUCCCAUAUUUGUGUACAGGAAAAUGGUAAAAAAAAAAAUUUUAAAGUCCACAUUUCAGGAAGUAAAUUUUUAGGAUUACCCGCAUUUCUGGAAAAAUAAAAUAUAUCAUAUUCAUGUAUUACAAUUAUGUACAUAUCUAUUCAUUGGGAAAUUAUGUUAAAAAAGUAAAUUCUAAGGGGCCAGAUUAAACCCUUACUGUAUAUAGUCCUUUGUUAAUGUUUCAUUUAUUAACACUGGACAUUUUUCUCAAAAUAUCAAUGCAUACUGUAUAAAAUUGCUCACUUACAAUAUGAUUGGGGAUCAAGGUUACACAUCAUCCACUUUAGUUUAUGUCUCCUCUCCUUUCAUUAGUUAUCAAUGCCUUUGGAUUUUUUUUAUAGUUGUUUUUUAACAGAUGUAUUGUGUAAGUGUGUUUUAAAUCAUUUUUUGAGACAAUGGAUGCUUGUAAAUCUUUAUACUUUGAGUCUCUCCACUGAAUUAAAUACAAUUGUAUAUCAUCUGAAAUAUACACUUGUAUGAGCACAGCAGUGUAAUAUUUAUUUUUUAUUAUGUAUAGUAAUUUGUGCAACAGUAUGAAAUAUUAAAGAAGGGGGGAAUACUCAUAAA